AUGACCAUUGCAGGUGCCCCGCCAAUUUUAGAUUUCUCCGCUUUCUACACUGGUGAUGAAGCCGCAAGAUUGAGAUUGGUUGAGGAUGUGCGGAAAUGCUGCUUGCAUAAUGGGUUCUUUCAGAUAACUGGCCAUAAAGUGCCGGCAGAACUACAGGAGUCAGUUUUGGAUUGUCUGAAAGAAUUCUUCGCUCUUCCACAACAAGAAAAGGAGAAAGUCCUCAAAGAUAAAAACACGUGGAAUAGAGGUUAUGAGAGGAUUGGAUCACAAAUUCUAGAAGCCGGGACAAAUCCCGAUCUAAAGGAAGGCUAUUAUAUCGGUGAGGAGAUCAGUAAAGACCAUCCCUACUUCAUACAAAAGAAGCUCAACAGCGGGCCAAACUUCUGGCCGGAAAGUGUCGAGAAUGUUGAAAGAUUCAAGUCCGUCUCAAUGCGGUACUACAACGCAAUGCACGCCUUGGCGAGAGACAUUCUUGUUGUCAUUGCCCAGACGCUGGAUCUAGAUGCCACCUACUUCGAGAAAUUCACCACUGAUGCUGUGGCCACGUUAAGAUAUUUGCAUUAUCCACCGCAGGCCCCUGACUCUGACGAAAAGAUCUCCAGAGGAAUUGGGGCUCACACGGAUUUCGGCUCCGUGACACUACUCAUGCAAGACGAAGUUGAUGGACUCCAAGUAUAUGAGAAAAGUACGAAUGAAUGGCUUGAUGUCGUUCCGGUCAAGAGAGCUUAUGUCGUUAAUCUCGGGAACAUGUUCAUGAGAUGGUCGAACGAUAAAUAUAUCUCUAACCUUCACCGAGUGAUCAACAAAUCUGGCAAGGAGCGCUAUUCAAUCCCCUUCUUCUACAGCGGCAACCCAGAUUAUGUGAUUGAGUGUUUACCAAAUUGUCGAAGUGAGGGUGAACCGCCAAAAUAUCCUCCUAUCACAGUUGAGGGAGCUGUCGGAGGAAGUUAUAAGCAGAGUUAUGGCGCAGCGGAAGCGUUCAAGAAGACAGCCUCGUCGAUCUCCGCUGCCCCACAAGCGAUUAAAGCAUGA